AUCUGUAGCUGAGAAGCUGCCGUUGUAAGAGAGCGCGCACCUAGCGGACACUUCAGGUAUUGCUCCUUCUGGUACAGGAAGCACGUGCGUCAGCCGAGACCUAUGACGUCUUUCUCUUGCGCCAGGAACAUGCUGAGUUACUGAAGCGCUUACGGUUCUAGAGGAGUUCCGAUAUGAUGAAUAAUAUCAAUCAUCAUGGCCACAAACAGCCUCCGGCUAAAAAGUUCAAGCCGAGUUCUCCUGCAGUCUACACCAAAAAGCAGGCGCCGAUUCAGUGUAGCGGCCCCAAGAAAAUGACACUUGAGGAACAGCGCCGUAAUCUGCCUAUUUACCAGGCCCGCUCUCAGAUAAUUGCGCAGCUUCGGAAACUGGACAGUGUUGUGAUCAUAGGUGAGACAGGGUCAGGAAAGACAACUCAGAUUCCACAGUACCUCUAUGAAGCCAGCAUAGGACGUCAGGGUGUCAUUGCUGUGACUCAACCCCGUAGGGUGGCUGCCAUAUCACUUGCAACUAGGGUGUCACAUGAAAGAAAAACAGAACUAAGUAAACUGGUAGGCUAUACUGUGCGCUUUGAGGAUGUCACAUCAGAAGAGACAAAGAUUAAAUUCCUAACUGAUGGGAUGUUACUUCGUGAGGCAAUUGGAGACCCACUUCUCCGCAAAUACAGUGUAGUUAUCCUGGAUGAAGCUCAUGAAAGGACAAUUCACACUGAUGUCCUGUUUGGGGUUGUUAAAUCCGCACAGAAGAAGCGGAAGGAGCAAGGAAAGCAGCCACUCAAGAUUAUUAUAAUGUCUGCCACAAUGGAUGUUGAUCUGUUCUCAGAGUACUUCAAUGCAGCCCCAGUUUUAUACUUGGAAGGAAGACAGCAUCCCAUUCAGAUCUUCUAUGCCGAAGAAUCUCAAAGCGAUUACCUCCAAGCUGCCCUUGUCACAGUCUUUCAGGUCCACCAGGAAGUUCCUGCUUCUCACGACAUUUUAGUUUUCCUCACUGGUCAGGAAGAGAUUGAAGCAAUGACCAAAACAUGCCGGGAUAUAGCCAAGCAUCUACCAGAUGAUUGCCCUAAGAUGGUAGUUAUGCCUCUCUAUGCAUCUCUUCCUCAUGCACAGCAGCUCAGAGUGUUCCAGAAUGCACCCAAGGGUCAACGCAAAGUUAUACUUUCCACCAACAUAGCUGAAACUUCUAUAACAAUACCAGGAAUCAAGUAUGUAGUAGAUACAGGAAUGGUGAAAGCAAAGAAAUUCAACCCAGAAAGUGGUCUUGAGGUUUUAGCGGUGCAGAAGGUUUCAAAAGCUCAGGCCUGGCAGCGCACUGGACGAGCAGGCAGAGAGGACAGUGGGAUAUGCUAUCGUCUCUACAAGGAGGAGGAGUUUGAGAAAUUUCUGGAUAUGACUGUACCAGAGAUACAAAGGUGUAACUUGGCCAGUGUAAUGCUGCAGCUUCUGGUCCUUAGAGUUCCAAAUGUUCACACUUUUGACUUUAUGUCAAAGCCUUCUCCAGAUUCAAUACAAGCAGCAAUUGACCAGCUGCAUCUCUUGGGUGCUGUGGAGAGGAAGGGGGAUCAAAUUGUCCUUACACCUUUGGGAAAGAAGAUGUCGGCCUUUCCUUUGGAACCCAAGUUCUCAAAGACCAUCCUCCUUUCUCCAAAAUUUCACUGUACUGAGGAGAUCCUGACUAUAGUCUCUCUGCUCUCGGUGGACAGCGUACUCCAUAACCCCCCUUCCAAACGUGACGAGGUACAAGCUUCCAGGAAGAAGUUUAUCUCUAGCGAGGGUGACCACAUCACUUUGCUUAAUAUCUACAGGGCAUUCAAAAACCUGGGGAAAAACAAGGAGUGGUGCAGAGAAAAUUUCAUCAAUUCUAGAAACAUGACUAUGGUGUUAGAGGUGCGCUCCCAGCUAAGGGACAUUUGUAUAAAGCUGUCAAUGCCAAUGGAAUCCUCAAGAACAGACACACGUAACAUCCGCCAGUGUUUGGCUCAUGGUCUGUUUAUGCAUGCUGCCGAGCUGCAGCCAGAUGGAUCCUACACUACGGUGGACACUCAUCAGCCUGUUGCUAUUCACCCUUCUUCCAUUCUCUUCCACUGCAAGCCAGCCUGUGUUGUGUACAAUGAACUACUUCAUACCUCCAAGUGUUAUAUGAGAGAUCUGUGUGUUGUAGAUGCAGACUGGCUGUAUGAGGCUGCCCCUGAUUAUUUUAGACGCAAGUUAAGGACUGCCAAUUAAUAAAACAAGAUACUGGAAAUCAUCUCUUCAGUGUUCCAGGUGUACUGUAGGAAUGGGGAAAACCACUGAAUACUGGAAUAUCUGUAACCUCAGAUAUGCAUUGCAGUCAGAUUGGAGGUGGCUUUAUGAGAACAUUUUUCCUAAAAAGCUUAACAAUAAUUUCUGCAGUGGAAUAUAGUAAUAAGUGUUGGGCGCAAUUACAAAAAAAUGGGUUGUAUAAGAAUUGUAUAUUUUUGUCCUUUAUUUUGCUGUUCUUUUCUUCAUAAAGGCAAAAAACAAACUUAGUCACUCUUGGCACCCUUUAGACCUCAAGUUUUUCUUAUUUCUUUCUGCUCUUGCCUUUUUGUUUUUAUUUUCUAGAAAAAAAGAACAGUGCAUUUCAACAAACUUUUCAGCCACUGUUCAUUUUAUUUUAUUGUGCCUAUUAUAUUUUUGUUUUAUAAUCUGACAUGUAAAAAAAACCCAUUUAUGUUGCAUUUUACCAUUUCUUUCUGCUGAACAUUCGGCUGCUAUUAAUUGUGCAAUCUCUUGGUAUCGUAUGAAGUCAGAUUUAUUUUAUGUUCAAGACAAAUUGUAUACAUGGUUAUAAAACAUUUCUUAUGUACUUUUGCAAGGAAAUUCCAGUGGCCUGUGUUAGGCAUUGUGUAGUUAAUAUUUUCUUGGUACUUAUAAUCAUGUAUACAAAUUGGUAUAGAAUGUUUCUGGUUAGUAAGAACAUGGAUAUUCAUAUUCUAGUAAAAUGAGCUUUAUGUAUGUUACACAAUAUGUUUGUGGUAGUGAAUCCAUUCCUUUCUGAAUUAUAGGCUGUUGCCAUUAUUGGAUGGGUGCUCUUAUAGUUAUCAAUCAAUUGCACUGCUAACUCUGUGUAACUGGAGCAGUGCAGUCUCUGAUCUGUAUAAAUGACCUCACAAUGCUGCGAGUCUCUCAUCACAAAUCAAUUACUUUUCUGUCGUAGAUCCUAAUUAAAGUGCUGCCAAUGUAAUGCCAACAGUGGAAUUAUGCUAAUAAAUCAUAAAGAUCAA